AUGGCCAGCCAAACGCCUCUUCCCCGCGUCUCCGUCCAAUUUUGCACCCAGUGUAAAUGGAUGCUAAGAGCGGCCUAUUACGCUCAAGAAUUGCUGUCCACGUUCUCUACAGGUCUCGGUGAAGUUGCUCUCCAGCCCUCCACAGGCGGGACCUUUAUUGUUUCCAUCACCCACCAGGCUCCGGGGGCAGAGGCAGCCUCCACAAAGAUCCUCUGGGACCGACGUGAGGAUGGAGGCUUCCCCGAGACAAAGGAGCUCAAGAGAAGGGUGAGAGAUGUCAUUGAGCCGGAAAGGGAUCUGGGCCACGUGGAUAAAGAUUACGGAAAGAAGAAGGAUGAGGGUCGGAAGGAUGAUGCAGUGGAAGAAAAGACAGCCAAGACUGAGGAGAAGAAGAAGUGCGACGACUGCCAGUAA